CCAAGUUUUUGCUAACUACCGGCGAUUUUUUAAAAUCAUCGUGAAAAGAACAAUUAUUUUCAUCUCAAAAUGGAACCUUCCCGAAUAGUAGAAAAACCUGAGUCUGGAGCAUCAGAGAGCCACCAGGAAGCGGGUGUUUCACCAGUGAAUCAGAAGACUGAAGUGCAGAUGGCGUCUAAAGUUGGCCGAGCUAAACAAUCCAUAGAAGGCGGAGAGGCGUCAUCUAAGGCUCAGCCGUUCCACUCUGAUCCAGAUGAGCUUGAAAGAGCGUCGGCACCAGAUGGAGCUAAAUCAUCUCAAGUAAUAGAUAAACCUGAGUCUGGAGCAUCAGAGAGUCACCAGGAAGCAGGUGCUUCAUCAAUGGAUCAGACGACUAAAGUGCAGAAGGUGUCUAAAGUUGGACGAGCUGCCACAGCUCAACAAUUUCCUUCAGAUGAACAAGCUGUAGCAAAAGAGGAAGUGUCUCGCACUGAUCCAGCUUUGCCAGAAAAAGCACCAACACCAGAGGGAACUACUGAACGAUCAGUAGAAGAAACAGAAGUGACAUCUAAAGUUCAGCCGUUCCACUCUGAUGAGUCUAAAAGAGCAUCGGCACCAGAUGGAGCUACUGAUGCAGAUCCAAAGCUUCCUCCAGCUAAACAAGCUGUCACAGAAGCGGAAGUAUCUCGCACUGAUCUAGCAUUGCCAGAAGAAGCACCAACACUAGAGGGAACUACUGAACAAUCUAUAGAAGAAGCAGAGGUGACAUCUAAGGCUCAGCCGUUCCACUCUGAUGAGUCUGGACCAGCAUCGACACCAGAUGGAGCUAAAUCAUCUCAAUUAAUAGAAAAACCCGAAUCCAAUGUAUCUGGAGCAUCAGAGAGUCAUCGGGAACCGGAUGCUUCAUCAUUGGAUCAGAAGACUAAAGUGCAGAAGGCGUCUAAAGUUGGCAAAGCUGAACGAUCUGAAGAAGGAGGGGAAAGGCCAACUAAGGCUCAGCCGUUCGACACUGAUUCAAAUGAGUCUCGAGGAGCAUCGGCACCAGAUGGAGCUAGCGACAUCAGAAUUGAAGAUGUUUUCGCUGACAUUGCAAGAAAAUUCACGUCGUUCAUUCAUUUCAAAAUGUUUGCUUUAUCUGGAAAUGGUCUCAGGCUCACUGCUGGAGAAGUUUCAACAAUCAUUGCAGACAAUCCUGAUUCUGUUGAAGAUAAAAAGUUUGGAAUGCUUGAUCUUUGGAAAGAAAAAAAUGGAACGAGGGCAUCACCGACUCAUAUAGCAGAGAUUAUCCAGCAAUAUUUCAGGCAAGAGAGAGGUGGUGUCACUGGUUCAAGAAUCGAGGAUGCUUUCCUAGCAGUUCCUAAAGUCUUCGACAACGCUGCACUGUUCCAAAGAUUUGCAUUGUCUGGGAAAGGUUUAUCGCUCAGUAUGCACGAGGUUGGAAACAUAAAAGAAAAUGCAAGAAAUGUGGAAGAGAGGAAUCUGGAUUUGCUCGUUUUGUGGAAAUUGAAAACUGGAGAUUCAGCAACAACUGAAAAAAUCUGGCAACUGGUAAAUGCUUUCCUGGAUGAAAGAGGAGAAUCCCACCCAGGUAAAUUGUUACUCAAAUAGAGUUCCACUGACAUCUGUUGUUAUGGCAACCUGAUUGUGGAUGCCAGAUUUACAAGUUAUCUGGGGUUGAUGGCUCAGCUCAAGUCGCACUUGUGAAAGAAACUUCAUUCUAGCAAGGUAGAAGACUUAUAAUCAAUGCAGUAGUAAACCUCACUGCUCUCACUUGUCCAGUUACAGCCGAGAUUG